AUGGGCAACGAUGCCUGCAAGGCAGGGCUCUACCAGGGGCCCAGCCUCCCACUCGGGGAGGUGGAGGUGAGGGUGUCCGUGUACAAGCUGGACGUCACCGGUAUUGGCCUCUUGGACGCGAUCGGGGGGGGCCUGGUCGGGCUCUACCACAGCGGCGUCGUGAUCGGGGCCAAUGAGUGGGCUUUCGGGGGCCACGACGAGGCCGGCAAGCCCGGCGUCUUCAAGACCCCGCCUGAGCAAAAUGAGGACUUCAUCUUCUAUCGGCGCGUCAUCAUGGGCAACGUGCAGUAUGGUGGGGUCAUGGAGACAGUGAAGAAACUCGCCUUUUCCAAGGAGUGGGCAGGAUCGGGUCCCUGUGGGGGGCAUCCUGGCAACUUCGCCUGGGCGGCCCCGAGGGGGCCGGCGGACCUGUUUGAGCGCAAUUGUAACCACUUCACGAGUGACCUCUGCUGGGCGCUGCUCAAGAAGCGGCCUCCGGAGUGGAUCAACGAGACCGCGACCGGGCUGGCCAGGACCUGCCGCCGCCUGAGGGCACAGCGGCGGGCGCUGGCGGAGGGGCUGCAGAGGUACGCAGCGCAGCACGGGGGCGCGCCGCGGCCGCACGUCGCGUCCGCGAGCGGCGGGCGCGCGCUGGAGUCCGCAGGCGCCCUGGCCUUCAGAGAGGAGUUCCCGCGGACUUUCGACGAGGCCUGCCGCGUCGGCAUGCGUCAGGGCCUCGCCGAGGCCAGGAA